GUGUAAUACAUACACAGUUUAUGUGUGUAACGCAUUGAACUCCAUUCUCUUUCAUACACAUAGCGAAUCAAAAUGUUUUCGCUGGCGUGCAAACAAUUUACAAAUAUAAAUCAAUUGCAAAAAAUUAUUGCAUCAAAUUCAAUUGUUGCAAUUCGAAAUUGUUCGGUCGUUGACAAUUCAUCAAAGGAAAAUAUUGAACAAAAAGAAUUUCGUGUGUUGGACUUAAAUCCAAAGAAAGAUGCCGAACUUAUACGUAAACGACGGGUAGUUAGCUACAAUGUUCCUGAUCAUCGUUUUAAAAAGAUGAGUGUACGACAAAAAUGGGGAAAUGUAUGGCCCGGACCGAAAACAUUUCAUCCAUCUGUUGUACCGCUUCCAUUGCGACAAGGAUUUGUAUACAAUACGAAAAAAAAUUCGCCACCGCAAAAAUUUGGCAACGCUGAACUCAUGAAAAUACCGAAUUUUUUGCAUUUAACACCGCCGGUUAUCAAGCAACAAUGCGAAGCGAUCAAAAAAUACUGCACACCAUGGCCGGCCGGAUUGGAAACCGAUGAAAAAUGUGACAAACACUUUCCAAUCGAAUUCAUUUCGACCGACUAUUGCCAUGGUUUGCCAACAAUUCGGAAUCCGUUGUCACGUAUCAUCUCACUUCGGUUUAAAUUGUCGGCGUUACCGUUUGACGAACAUGCUCGGGAUAAGUUUCUUCGGUUAGUUGAAAAUAGAUACAAUCCAGAAACAGAUCUUGUUACCAUAACCGUUGAUCGUUGCCCGGUGCGAAAGCAGAAUUUCGAAUAUGCACAGUAUCUGUUGACCGCUUUGUUCCAUGAAUCGUUCAUUGUUGAACCAUGGGAAUCAUUGAAAAUUGAGGUCGAUAUGGAGUAUUAUGAUUGGCAAAAGAACAAAUCCAAAGAAUCAAUCGAAGCAAUAUUGAGAUGGGGCAAAACAAAAGACGAACCAAUCAAAUCAACCGAUGCUUAUGCAAAGAGCGUAGAAAAGAUUUUCAAUGAAGGCGAAAAUCAACAAAACCUACAACAAUACAAAGAAGAGGUGCUAAAGCUUUUAGAACUUAAAAAUUAGAAAUAAAUAUUUUCAAAAAAAAAUGUCGCUUGUUUCAUGAAUAAACAUUUGAAUAACGAAUUGAGA